CAGUGCCACCGCAGCCAGUGUUUCGUGAACAGUGAAAGUGAUUUAAGGGAAAUUAUUAUUGGUCAUCUAAAAUGGGCCUUCCUCGUUUGGAAAAGUGUUGCUGCUUCUUUGAUUUGCAAACCGGAAAUAUUAUAUUAGGAUGUCUCAAUGCCUUCCUAUCAUUCUGCCUCUUCGUGGCAAUGAUAGUGGCGGCUGUGGAACUUGGCACUAUGGAAAGGGAUACUGCCACUGAAAUGGGCUUGUUCAUGAACGAAGAAGCUAUAGAACUGGACGCUAAACUCAGCGGACUGUACGCGGUGGCUGUCAUAUUGGUGUUUAUGUUCUUGGCUAAGCUCUUGUUCGACGUGUUUUUCGUCAUUGGAGUGAUUAUGGAGCGGAAAGGCAUUAUUAAAGCCUACUACAUCAUGUGGACAGCAUUCAUGAUACUUUCUACGUUCACCUUCUUCCUCAAUUGGAAGUACUGGGGCGUGAAGAUGGUCUUGACAGAAGUGAUCUUCCUUGGUAUAAACAUUUACUCCGUGUUGGUGUGUCACAGCUUUUAUGUUCAACUUAACAUGCGCGAAGAAGUCUAAAAAUGCACAUAUACAUUUUAAGUACUAGAGAAUUAAUGAAAACUUAAAAACAGGGUGAUUUUCCAACAUUGUGCCAUACAAACAGAGGUGUACUCACGUGUAGUGUAAGUUACACAUUAUUGCAACAAGAUAUUUAAAGAUAUAUAACCAAAGCAGUAUUUGUAUUUUAAAUUUUAUAGUCUGUAAGGUAACUUUUGUAAUUAGAUAUCGGAUUAGAACCAGAUCCCUGAAAUUUGAAUAUUUUAAUGUCGAAAACUUACCCUGUAGGUAUGAAACGGAGUAAUUUAUUAAACACAUAAUUUAAAAAAAAAAAAACAAUAAACGUAAGUUAUUAAAAGAGCCUCAUAGUGAUAAGAGCAGCAAGAAAAUGUAAUCUAAUAGUCAAUUAAAAUGUU